AUGAACAUCUCAUCUGAUAGUCAAAAUGAUAUAACAGAAUUAAAAAAACAAUUCGAAGAAUUAAAAACAUUUGUUGGUGUAUUUUAUGGAAGAUACGCAACAUUAGAACAAAAAGUUCAAGAAAUUCUUGCAUUAAAAGAAGAAAUUAAAUAUUUAAAAGAAGAAAUAAAUAACUUAAAUGAGAUUUGUGAUAAACCACCUUUAAAAAGAAAAGUAGUAGAUUUACAGUUAAUUAAAAAUGAUGAUAAUCAAAAAGAAAAUGUGUUAGAACAACCAGAAACUAAAAUGAAAAUAACUCAAUCAUCAAUAAAUUUGACAGUCAACAAUUCAUUAAAUGAACCAAUUAUUUUAAAAAAGAAAGAUAAUUUAUCACAAGAAAUUAACCAAGAAAAGAAUCAAACAAUAGAAAUAAAAGAAGAUUACUAUUUUAUUAAAAUACUUGACACAUCAAUUGAUGGAAAUAAUCUUUAUUUAAUUGAUUCAUUACAAUUUGAUGGAAUUGGAAUAGUUGGAUUUAAAAAAUUAAGUCAAUGGAUAAAAAGAGAUAAAUUAUAUUUAUUAUACGAUAGUAAAAUAAAUGGAAUAGAAAAAGAUAGUCUUCAUAAACUUAUUCUUACUAAAAAUGGAAAUACAAAUAAAAGAAUUUGUUUAUUAUUUUUUACUGAUAAAGGUUUUAUCUUUGGUGUAUGUCAUAAAAGAAUUGAAUUAAAUAGUACAGAAAGAAUAUAUCUUGAUGAUGAUCAAUCAUUUUUAUUUACUCUUGUUAAUCCAUCUAAAGUUCCAAUGAAAAUAAUAAGAAAAUAUGGAAUUAUUAGUAAAUUAGAUGAUAAUACUUUCUUUUAUCAUAUAGAAUGUGGUUUUACUCUUAAAUUUGAUGAAGAAUCAAAAAAAGUUACUGGAUAUUUUAGUACUAAUUAUUCUACUUAUUAUAAAACUGAAAGAAAAAUUCUACAUGGAGAUGACACUUAUUUCUUUAUUCCAAAUCCUACUCAAUUUAAAUUAAAGAGAAUUAUUGCUUUUGAAUAUGAACUUUGA